AUGACCAGCAACUCCACCACGGCGCUGAGGAGUACGCUGUGUCUACCCAAUGCAAAGAAUGCUAAGGAAAUCCCCUGCAUCCACUUGGGCGUCUACAUGACAUCAGGGCGCACCUGCUCUACAGCCUUAACUCACGCCCUAAACGCAGGAUACCGGGCUUUUGACUCUGCGGAAUGGUAUGGGAAUGAGAAGGCGGUUGGCUCUGCGAUCUUGGCUUUUCUAAAUUCGCCUGAGAAUCAAAGGAAGGGUGAGGAAAGGGUCAAGAGGGAGGAUGUCUGGUUCACUACCAAACUCAAGGAAAAUAAGUCGGAAGACGAAACGAAGAAGAAAAUUGAGGAGAGUGUUAAAGAGUGUGGAUUGGGAUAUAUUGAUCUGUAUUUGCUGCAUAGUCCUUAUGCUUAUGGUGAGAAGGAUCUGAAGGAGACGAGGAAGAACUGUUCGAAGGCGGUAGAAAAAGCGAUUGAAAGGGGGAGUGUGAAGGUUGGUGGUGUGUCUAAUUUUGGGGUGAAGCAUGUAAUCUCCCCCCUUUAUUGUGAGGGUACAGACGUGGAGGAAGCGAUGUGGCCCGUGCCCUUGGAACUGUAAAUAGCCUCAGAUCUUACGAUCACUUCCACUCUUUGUAGACAAUAUGUAAGAGUGCAAUAGCGACAAGGUCAACUGUAUGCGUAAGAACUAAAUUGUCUACAAAGAGUGGAAGUGAUCGUAAGAUCUGAGGCUAUUUACAGUUCCAAGGGCACGGGCCACAUCGCUUCCUCCACGUCUGUACCCUCACAUUUAUUCCCAUUUCUCGCUCUUACACGGACCUUAUUUCUUGAGGUUUCGCUUUGGAUAGAAGUUGAAAGGUACUGAUGGCUAAGCUAGUUGAAAGAAUUAUUAGAAGACGACGAAAUCAAAACCAAACCCGCGAUCAACCAAAUCGAAGUCCACCCCUUCAAUACCCAGCCCGAAAUCACAUCUUUUUGCAAGGAAAAUGGGAUUGUCGUUGAGGCGUAUGCCCCUUUAGCGAGAGCUAUGAGAGCUAGACACCCUAGAAUUCUUGAGCUGGCGAAGAAAUAUAAUUGCACCGUAUGUCUCCUUUCUUUCACCUGUCUUCCUCUUACGUCCUUACACUCUCCUCUUUCCCCUUCCUUACCCUCAUAAUCCGAAGUCCACAACAAAUCUAACCUACAUAUGAUAGUGGGCCCAACUGAUGAUCAAAUGGUCCCUCCAACACGGUUACGUGACCCUGCCUAAAAGCGUCAAGCAAGAGAGGAUCGUAAUGAAUAAGGAGGUUGAUGGGUUUACUAUUCACGAAGCGGAUAUGCGGGUCGUGGAUGGGUUGGAUGAGGGGUUGGUUACGGAUUGGGAUCCUACUGAUGCUCCUUAG